AUGGCACCGCCGCCAUCGAACUAUCAGCUCCAACAGCCAGCCGACGUCAAAGAUGUCCUGAAGCGACAGAACAAUGAGUUCGACUGCACUCCCUGCAGGUUGAUGGGAAGCGCUGUCUUCACUGGUAUGGGCAUCUACUCCUACGCUUCGGGCAUGCGACAGCUCCGCCAACGAGAAAGCGAGAUCAUGAGAAGCAGUUCGCGGUUUGGGCUCGGUGCGCGGAAAGGAGCCAUAUAUGCGCUCUCUGCUAGUCUGGUGGGACUCGGGGUCUACAGACUUGUCAACUGA